AUGCCACCACACAUCCUCUUCCUCGGCGCGCACGGCAAAAUCGCCCUCCAACUCCUCCCCCUCCUCCUCUCCCGCUCCUGCGUAACCGGCACGCUGGACGUCCUCGUUGACUCCCUAGACGCCAUCCGCACCACCGCGGACGCUACGCGGGUCCUCGACAAAUCGCGCGCCGACUGGGACGUCUGGGCCGCCGGUGCAGGUGGGAAGGGGGAGGCGGACAGGACGAACGCCGUGGAUCGGGAUGCGGCGAUUGCGUUUGCGGCGGCGAAGGAUAGGGGUUUCAACUAG